AUGAGUGAUGACAAAUUGGAAAUGACGGUGCCUUCAACUGGCAAUGAUGACGACAAAUUGAAAACGAAUCCAUCGCCAUCUCCAUCUCCGCCUUCCUCAACACCACCUCCAGCAACAACACCAGUUGCAUUAACAAAAUUUGGUUCAUUAACCAAUCGUAUUCUUUCACCGAGCAAUAUUAAUUCAUCGCCAACAUCAUCAUCUUCACCACAUAUUUCGCCGAUCAAAUCCUCAUGUAAUUCUUCGUCGUCAUCAACCCGACGAACUUUUAACAUCUGUGAUAUUCUUGCCAAACCCACAUCAACACCAGCAUCAUCAUCCGUCGACAGUAAUAAUAAUACUCGUCUCAAUCAUUUAAUUAAAAAACCGAAAGCUCAUCGCCUCAACGAAUACACCAAACUUCUUCUCGAACAAAAAGCCAAUCAUUUAAACGAGAAAAAUAAUCUGAAAAUAAACAAAAAAUCGAUUUAUUCACAUUCUGAUAAUGACGAUGACGAUGACGAAGACGAAGACGACGAGCAUCAUGGUUCAAUCAGUGAUUGUGAUGUAUCAGAUGGUUGUCUAUCCGACGCAGGUGAUAAGACACAUGAUGAUGAUUUAAAUGCAUCAAUCAGUGAUGGCGAUAAAUCGAAGUCAUCGUCAACGAGUUCAUCAACAACUGAUAAACCAUCAAAACCACGUCGCGCGCGAACAGCAUUUACUUAUGAACAAUUGGUAGCAUUAGAAAAUAAAUUCAAACAAACGAGAUAUCUAUCCGUUUGUGAAAGACUUAAUUUGGCUUUAUCACUAUCGUUAACUGAAACUCAAGUUAAAAUUUGGUUUCAAAAUCGUCGAACAAAAUGGAAAAAACAAAAUCCUGGUCUGGAUGUCAAUUCUCCAACAAUCCCAACAACAUCCAAUUCAUCUUCAGUUGGUAUACAUUCGGCUGCUGCUGCAGCUUACGUCGCUUGCGCAGCUUCAUUUUAUAACUCGCAACAACAGGUCGGAGGUUCUUCAUCAAAUUCUUCAGCAACAAGUGCUUAUCCACUUAUAUCACCACUCUAUGCUGCAUCAUUGUAUGCUAAUGCUCGAAAAUUUACUUGA